AUGUGUUUAUUUGGAAAUUUCUUUUGGUUUCUUUUAAGUACAAAUAUUUAUAAUCAUUUUGUUCCUGUAUCUUGUUGCUCAACUAAAACUGAUGGUUCAACUGGAUUCCCCUUACAAAUUUAUCGUAAUAAGAAACGUUGUCAAAAUUGGCAAUAUGGUCCACCAACAUUUCAAAACGGUUCACAUAAUGAUGCAGUAUAUUAUCGAGUAAAUUGA